GCAAAAUGUGGGCGUUGUUUUUGCUGAUUUUUGUUUCUCAAGGAUUUUACCAAGUAUUAGGGAAGACACAAUUACUGUUUGCAAAUGUAACUGGAACUGGACGAAAUGCAAGGGUAGAAGCAGAGUGUUUCAAUGAUAAUUACAAUGACGCCAUUGCAUGGAUCACAUCACCACAGAACAAUAACAUUUUGGCAAUGUUAGACAAUGAUUUAAGUUCUAUUGACUUUAAUUGGGAUAAGGCCGGAUGGGCUUCUGAUUUUGCCUAUAAAGGAAUGUUUGGGCCAAUCAUGGAUUACUCAUGGGAAACAUUCCCAAUUAUUAAAACACAUGGAGCCGAACCAAGAAAAAACAAAUACAAUUUUGAAAAACUAGACCCAAUAAAAAUAUUUAACCAAUUUGAAUUAAAUUUUUCAUUUUUGGGAAAAUCAAAUGCACAAAUUUAUAUGUGCACAGGUACGCAAGUGCAAAAAAGUGCUUGCUUCACUUUUAUUUUAGGCGGUUGGGAAGGAAAGGGGAGUAUUUUAAGACGAUGCAAAAAUGGUACAUCACCAAUUAUCUCAACUGAUAAAUUGGAUGGAUGUGAAAAUGUUGUUGAGAAAAAAGUACAUGGGUCACUCUUCUCAGAAGACAAUUGGAGCCACAUAUCAAUAAGAUAUUCUAAUAAACAAUUGCUAGUGAUUGUUGAUGACAAUUCAUUAAUGUUAUACAUUGCAGCGAAUAACUGCGAAUUUAAUCAGUAUUCAAGAUUGUUCAUUCACUCAUAUAACGAGACCGCUUUAUGGAAAUAUCAUAAUUAUUUAUACCAAGAAGCUCGAAAUAUUCAAAAUGGGUAUAUAGAUAGCAAUUGGUUUCAUGUAAGUUCUGGUCAACUAUUCAUUUCGUUCUUUGCCAACUUUGAGAAAGAAACGACUAUAUCACUAUAUGGCUAUAGUGACAAUGACAUACCUAAGCAAAUUAAAACUUUCAAUUAUGAGGGUGAUAAAAACCUGCAAUGGAAUUACAAGACAUUCAAUAGUUCAGAAGUAGAAAACAAUACAUACAUAUUGCGUAUAUAUGUGGAUGAAGAAAAUAUCAUAGCAAUUCGAAACGUAAUAUAUCAUGUAAAUUGCAGAAUAAAUAAACGUAAUCACUUCCAUUCAUCAAUAUUGUCAUUCGAUGGUUUGCCGUACAAAACUAAGUGUACAUCUCUUCGAGAAAAAAGCGCACAACUUGCAUUGAGGCAAGCAAGUAACCGUAGCGACACUGAGAAACAGAACUCUUUAUGUACUACUUUUUAUAAUAAUACAGUUUGCAAACACCGAAUAAUAUGCAAUGAAAAAUUCUGUUAUUGCUCAAUGGGAUUCAAUGGAAUUUAUUGUGAAAGUGCCUGUAACCCGGGAACUUAUGGAUUCAAUUGUGAAUCUAAAUGUGGAGAAUGCAAAUAUUCGACCAAUUGUAAUACUAUAUCUGGAGAGUGCCCCAACGGAUGCAAAGACAAUUAUAUUGGACCAAAUUGCAAACAAAGAGAUUUGCCAGUUUUAAAUGACAUUGCAGGAAUUCAAACUGAAUGUAUCUCGGAUUGUGCAAUAACAAUUUUUGACAAUAAUCUAAAUUAUGAUGGUGUUCAACAACCAAAAUAUUAUUAUACACAAUUAACACAUCCGAAUAGAAUAAGAACAGAAGGAGAAGUGACAUCAAUUAAAAGCCAUAUUAUUAAAUUCACAAAUCUAUUAAAAGACCACAAAUAUACUUAUCAAAUAGUACUUUGUGUCAAUAAUAACAAACGGGAAUGUUAUGGAAAAAAUAUCAAAACAUUUGAAUUUGAGACAAAAUGUGAAGAAAUUUCACAGGAUCAAAUUAUAAUUAAAAGUGUUCCUGUACUCACCACUGUUACAGUCACUGAUUACAAUUCUGAAAUUCAGUGUGACUUAAGCCAAUAUCGUUGGUCGUUGAUUGAAACAUCCAGAAACAAAGAGAUACGCUCAGGAUCAUUAGAUGUAAAUAUAUAUUGCAAUGCAUUAAACCUGUUCACAAAUUAUUCACUGCAACUGACGAGAAACAACAGAAUAACGAAUAACAUUUCAUUUACUACGGACGAAUCUAUUCCAAAUGCUGUUAAAAAUAUCAAGAGAGAGUCAAAAUCAUCAAAUACACUAACAUUAAUAUGGGAUGAACCAUUUCCAGUUGUUGGCAUUAUCACCAAUUAUCUCGUAGAAUGGAAGUUUAUGGACAAAAGGGAUUGUUCAAUCGAUAAUAAAUCACAGGAUAUUCAAUCUAGAAAUGUGACAGAACCAAGAAUAAAAUUAUGUAAUCUACAAUUUUAUUCAGAAUAUCACAUUUCAAUUUAUGCAUUUACUAAAAAAGGAAGAGGUCACCUUGCAAAUAUUAUCGGACAAACUGAAGCGAAAGAUGGAAUUGAACUGAAAGCAUACAAGUACAAUGUGUAUCCUGCCGAGAACGCUGUAACAAUAUCACUGGUUAUUGACUGUAUUAAUUGGAAUGGUCCUGUUUCUCUAUAUAUAACUGCAACCUGCAAAAGCGAGUGGUGUGAUGGAAAAGUGACAAAUGGUUCUAAGUUGAUAAAAUAUAACGAUAUGAAUGCAACAGUUCAAAACCUGCAUCCAUACACAAAUUACUAUAUUGAAAUGUAUUUGUUUUUCGACUCUAAGAAUGAUCAUCUUAAAUUAAGAUCUGCUGAUGUCAUGACACGGGCUUGUGCUCCGAAUCCGGUUCAAUUUGCGGAAGUAUAUAGUUCAACAGAGAAUACUUUAUCGAUAAGAUGGAGUGCACCGUAUCCCCCAACUGGGGUACUAGAUACAUUUUUAAUAGAAUAUGAAUAUAAGCAUUGGAUCGGUUGGAGGUCAUCUAAAGAAGCUCAAUUCAAUUCAAUUCGUCCAUGUAAAAUAUGGACCAACAUGUAUUGUACUACUUUGUACAAUCUUGAUAGACACUUUAAAUACGAUAUAUCUAUUUAUGCACGCAAUAAGAAUGUUUCUGGUGAGGGUCAGCCAAUUGAAUUCAGUGGAUAUACAAGUAUUAGUGCACCCCAACCACCAUUAAACCUUCAAGCAAUUUGGAAUGAAUCGCAUUUCCUUCACUUGCAAUGGCAACAUCCGAACAAAACAAACGGUCCAUUUGUAAGAUUUGAUGUAAAUAUUAGAGGACAACGCUUUAAACAUCAGGUGUCGGAAAAUUUUACAUACACAGUAAAAACUUAUUUCCAAUGCAAACCUAAAAACCAUCACGCAGCUGUUAGUGUGCAAACAAUUAACUCAAAAUUUGAAUCUAGCCCAUUAUCUAAUACGUUUUCGUGCCCAGUCUUUAAGGCUGCGUUUAAAUCCGAACCAGAAACGAGAGAUAUUGACAAUAACACUUUGAGUAUUUAUAUUCCAUCAAUCGAAAAUGCUGAGUUAAAUAGCAAUUUGUAUAUUAUUCUAAUAACUCGUGUGUAUAGCAAUGAAAGAAAUUGUAAAACUGGUAAGGGAUUUAAACUGGAUGCAGUCAUACCAAUUCAAGAUUAUAAGAGUUGCCAGAUUAUCGGCCACUAUGAACAAGUUCAAUACAAAGUGAUUGAAGAAACAGAAACACACGUCACCUUCAAGGAAGCACCAGAUUAUAAUUUUAAAACAGAAACUUAUGAAUUAAACAUACUAAUAGUAAACGAAUUUAAUGGUCAAAUGUCGCAUACUUUGUACCAGGUAGCGCGUGACAACGAUAACGGCAGAUCAAAUACUGCCGGCUUUAAUUUCUGGUGGUUGAUUUUGAGUGUUGCAAUUGUUAUUAUUAUUACUGGAGGUUUAGUUUGGAAGCGAGUGUCUGAAUGUACCACCGAAAAGAAACUUGGCGAACCGGAAUAUUCUGAAAUACCCAUCAUAGACAAGCCGCCAACUAGAGCAUCUUCACCUGUCUUACCGCCACCUCUUCCAAUGCGAGAAAUCCAGUCAACCCCAGAAAAAAAUAAAAAAUUCUCCAAAGUUGUGCCUGUUUCAGACAUAGAUGACCAUAUAAGAACUAUGAUCUUUGAUGACGAGUUACUGAAUCAACAUAAAAAAAUCUUGGAAUUACCGGAGAAUAUUAAUGGUUACCUUCAACCAAAAACUGCUCCUGAUUCAAUUGCUGCAAAUUACAUAUCAAGUCCUCUCUGCUCGAAUGCGUACAUUAUGUGUUUGGCUCCAACAUCCGAUAAUGUUUACCAAUUUUGGCGGAUGAUCGUUGCAGAAAGUGUAAAAUACAUUAUUUUAUUUGCUACCCCUAUUGAUUUAAAAAAGAAAAACCUUUUUCAAUAUUGGCCAGAUUAUCCAGAAAACAAAACAAUAUCAUUCCAAGAUAUAGAAAUAUCCACUCAAUCAGUAGAGGUAAAGUACACCUAUAAGGUGUAUAACAUGAAAGCGACUAGGGGCACACAUACAACACUGUUGCGUAUCUUACACUUCACCAAUUGGUCAAAACGAGGGAUACCUAUGAACCCGAAUCAUCUCACCUCAUUCCUUCAAUGUCUUGAGACAAUUCCGCAUUCUUCUAAAUAUCCUAUUUUGGUGCAUGACGUUGGAGGGUAUGCAAAUUGUGCAAGUGUAAUAAUUCUAGUGGAUAUCUGUUUGAGGCAAGCUGAGCUUGAUGGCCAAGUAGACAUUUUUCAUCAUUUCCAAUUGCUUCAUUCUCAACGACCUAACAUUAUGGACAAUGUUGAAGAUUACUUUUUGGUGCAUCUUAUUCUAGUCAAGUAUCUUGCCACCCCACACUAUGCGUACCCUUGCAACACAUUCAGUGCUCAUUUUCGCAACCUUAACGAUGCUGCUUUGUCGGAACAAAUGAAAAUGAUAACAGAUUCGAUGUGGCAGGAGAGUGUGCUGCGACUUGAAGGAUCUGUCCUGUUCUACAACAAAAAGACAAGACGAGAUCAGGAUAUAAUUCCACAUCCGUCAUGUUGUGUAUUUCUGCGUCCUCUUUAUGAGAAAGAAUCGUGUUACAUCAAUGCGAUUUUUGUUGAUGGUUACCAACAGUCGAAACAGUUUAUUGUCACUCAACAUCCUCUCACCAACACCGUCGAUGAUUUUUGGCGAAUGAUAGUUGAUAAUAAUGUGAAGCUGGUUAUAUCCCUACAACCAGAAUAUGAUGUUGAAUUUUGGAACAAUGGUGGUGACUUCCAAACACCAAAUGGAACUUCAAUUGAACAUCUGAAAAUUGUGAAACUACCCGAUCUUCACAUGCAUACUUUGUUUGUAAAACCCAAUGGAACACCAAUUAAGAAAAUAGAAACAAACUUAAUAGAAGUUGUAGGAUGGAAAGUGGAACAGGCAGUGCCGGUUGAUUUACGAGUUUUACUGUCAACUCGACUUCAGAUGAAAAGAACGAAAUGUGAAGAAUUCAGUAGUGUUGUAGUGAUGUGCAGAAAUGGUGCAUCAGCAUGUGGUUUGUAUAUUGCUGCAUGUAAUCUCUUGGAUAGCAUGGAGUCGGAACAAGUGGUCGAUGUGUGCACAAGUGUGCGCAAUAUACGCAAUCAUCGAUCUCAAUUUGUUACUGAUCAGAGUCAGUUUCAUGCUUUGUAUAAAGUAGCAUCAAUAUUCCUUGAUGAUUUUCGGAAAUACUCUAACUUGAAGACAUCUAUUUCAGCAUUCAGAAGAAAUACAACCAAUAAAAAUCUAAGGAAAAAAACAACAAUAUGAAUUUUUACAUAUAUACCACUUGCUUGAUAUUGUUUGUUAAUUAGUUAUUAAUUUACUUAUCUGGUUGUUGGGUUUUGCAUUUGAAAAGUGAAUACUUCUAAUACGCCAUUAUUAGUUUUGGGAAGUGUAGAAAAUAAAUUAUUACCGCAA